AACUAGUUCAUGAGCAAACCACAAUCAGCUGUUACCGCAAAAAUAAUAACAGACGUACAUAUGUAUAUAUAUACACACAUAGGUAGUCGCUUUUGUUUUUUUUACCUACAUAUGUCUAUUAAAAUAUUCUGAUAUAUUUAAUAAAAAAUGGGUGAAAAUAAUAUAUCCUCCGAGAUAAAAUUGGAAAACCACUUCACAUUAAAAGAAGAAUAUACAAAGCUUCAACAGGACUAUGCUAAAUUGGAGCAAAAGUACAAUGAUAUUGUUGCAACGCAAUCAUGUGGAGAUUACACAGGAGAGCUAACAAGUUUCUCGACUAGACUUUCAUUAACCGCUGCGUCGUUAUAUGGGCGUAAUACAUAUUCAGAUAUUAACAUUCGCACCAUAUCGAAAAUCUUCCCGGCCCAUAGAUUUGUCCUUCAUGCACGAUCUGAAAAAUGGCAAGAUGAUGCAUUAUGCAGCAUUCAUGAACUUGACUGGAGUGACAUAGAGGAAGAUAUUGUUUUGGUUCUUUUACGUUGGAUAUAUACAGAUCUGGUCGAUUUGCACCAUGACGGUUUAACUUUGGACUUAAUUAAAGUUGCACAUCGAUUUAGUUUACCAACUCUCUUGGGAUUAUGUGAAAAAGCAUUAGUCUCUUCAGCCGGAAUAAGAUCUUGUGUACGUUUUUAUUGUGUUGCCGAAGAAAUAGGAGCAUCUACGUUGUUAGAAUAUUGUUCUGGAAUAAUAUCAACGCAUUGGAACGAUCUAACAUGUGAAGACUUUGAGCAUAUGUCAGGUCCGUUACUGUUUAAAAUGCUUAAGAACAAAAGCAAGAAUCCACUCCAUUCAGCUGUAAAACUCGAAAGAGAAGACGUGGUUUUAUUAUGCAUAAAUGAAAAUAGUGACACAGUUUCAGACUGUGUUAAUACUUUUUCAGAACACGGUCUUUUACCUUUACAAAUGGCCCUAACAGCAAAAAACAUGAAAAUUUCCCAAACACUUGUGGAAAACGGAAGGGCAAAUAUUAAUGCGCAUGACAAAGAGGGUUCGCCGCUGCUUAUAUGGGCUCUGAGAAAUGGUGACAUUUAUUCAACAAACUUUUUGUUAAAUAAAAAUUGCCUUUUGGACCUCGUGUCAAGAUCUUCAUCAGAUACAGCUUUACACAUAAUUUGCAAUUAUAAUUGUAAAAAUGAAAAGUGGAAAGAAAUUAUGGAAAUUGGAAAAAAAAUUCUACAGAGAAGACCCAACGUAAACAUGCAAAAUGCUAAGGGAGAAUCACCUUUGCACGUAGCUGUCAUUAGUGACAAUAAAGAAAUGGUGCACGAACUUCUUAAAGUACCUAAUAUUGACAUUAAUUUGCAAACUUUUGAAGGAAAGUCUGCUUUGGAGCUAAGUUUAACGUCCGAAGAACUAGACUUUAGUAUCGCUUCAAAUCUUUUAAAUAUAGGUGCAGAUCCCAAUGUAGUGAAAUCAUUAACAGGGGACAGUUUACUUCAGUUUUUUGCAAUAAGGGGAGAACUUUAUGAGGACGCAGCAAUUUUCAUGACGGAGUUUUCAAAUCUGGAUCACAAAAAUUUUCGAGGGUUAACAGCAUUACACAUAGCAGCUUCGAAUAAUCAAUCAAACAUAGUGAGGAAGUUGCUAAUAAAAGGAGCAUCAUGCAAUAUAUUAUCGGGUGAUGAGUUCUUAAGAUCACCUAUACAUAUGGCAGUUGACGCUAAUUCUGUAGAUACUUUGGAAGCUUUUGUUCAGAUGAAAAAUUCUGUUAAUACUAUGAUAGAUUUUAACUGUAAAGAUGGCAAUGGGGACUCGCCUUUAAGCUUAUGUUUAUCUCUUAAUAGAACACAUUUAGUACCCAUUUUAAUUCGCGGUGGUGCGGACGUUAAUUUUAGAAAUUCAGAACACUUAACUCUAUUGCAUCAAUCAAUUUUAAAGCGAGAUGAUGAGACUGCUGUGUAUUUACUUGAAAAUGGUGCAGACUUUACCACAGUAAAAGGGGAACAGUCGUCUCCAUUAAUUUUGGCAAUUGAAUUAAAUCUACCGAGAGUGGUAGAUGCCCUUUGCAUAAAAGGAGCUGCACUUAGCACCUCUGAUAAUAAUGGAAUUUCACCAUUGUGGACUGCUCUACAAUUGGGGUACGAACUUGAGGCGCAGAUACUUGUAAGGCACGGCGUUGAUACUGACUGUUGGGACAUUGGACCAAAUGGGUGCAUGCAAACACUUUUACAUCGCGCAAUAGAGGAACGAAAAGAUUUUGCUGCUAUAUUUCUUAUUGAAAGCCAAUGCGACUUGGACUCUGCACGGCAACCAGGCCCGAACGAUGAAGGUGCCGAAAGUGGACAAGAUAAAUCUUCCCCAUUGCAUUUGUGUUGUCGGUGGGGUCUUACCAAAGUACUCCAGACCCUAAUUGACCAUGGUGCUAAUGUAAACUUGCAAGAUACUGAUAAGAAAUCACCGCUUCAUAUAGCUAUCGAAAACAAUUACGAUGAAAUAAUAACUAUUCUUCUUUGUCAUCCGGUCAUAGACCUAAAAAUACGAGAUAUAUCUGGUAAUACAUCCUUUACAACUGCCUUAGAAGUACGUAAUCACAAGGCUGCACAGCGUAUUUUAGAUAGACUCCCAUCAGCAGCUGAGCAAAUGGAUCAAAGGGGGCGCAACUUCUUGCAUCUAGCUAUUGCAAAAGAUGAUUUAGAAAGUGUUCUUUUUUUAAUAUCAGUGCAGGUAGAUGUAAAUUCCCGUGUGCAUGAUGCCAAUCAAUCUACGCCAUUACAUUUGGCUGCAUCAUCCCAAAAUGAAAUGAUUACUAGAAAUUUAAUUUUAGCUGGUGCCCGCAUAAAUGAAAGGGAUGCGUUACAAAAAAUUCCUCUGCAUACUGCUAUCGAACUGGGAAACCUUUCCGCUGUAUCUGCUUUAAUUCAAAAUAAUGCUGACUACGACGCAAUAGACGUUGACGGCAAUAAUGCUUUACACCUUGCUGUUCGUAACGGGCAGUUUUUAAUUGUUCGGGAACUUUUAACAGAAUCAACGGUAAACGCAGAAGCUAUGAAUUUUAAAGGACGGAAUCCUUUGCAUGAACUAUGUCGAGUUGUUGAGGACAAUACCGCUGCUACCAUUUGCGAGUUAUUUCUAGAGUGUAUGCCUAAAUACCCAAUUAACAUUCCUGAUAUGGAUGGAAAUACUCCGUUACUUCUCUCUUUCAUGCGUGGGCAGUCACCACUUUGUAAAGUUCUUGUAAAAGCAGGCGCUUGUUUAGGAACUGAAAACAAGGAUGGAAUUAAUAUUUUUAACUUUAAGCUUGCCACAAACCAAUUGCUCCACAAAUUGUUAGAUCAAUUGCCGCAGGAAUCACCCUGGUCAGAGUCUGAUGUAUGUCAAGAAUGUACCGUAAAAUUUACAAUUACCAUGCGAAAACAUCAUUGCCGACAUUGUGGACGUGUUCUUUGUUUUAAAUGUUCCAAUAACGAUGUUCCAAUUUUGAAAUUUGGUAUAAACAAACCGGUCAGAGUUUGCUUCGUCUGCUUUACCAUAUUGCAGUGUGGAAAUGGAAUGUAACUUUUUAUAAAAUGAUUAGUACAAGUUAUUAUUUGAAAAAAGUACACCUAAUGUUUAUUCAAAGCAAAAAAUAAAAAAAUUUACAAAAAAUUUAGUGUCAUUCAAAACAAAAAGAA